AUGGAGAUCACAGUGCUUAAUGAUGCUGAUCCAGUAGGUUUUAUGGAUUGUAGAACGCGUGGUGAGCGUGUGUUUCGUGUCUUUCAGUUGUUGGGAAUGGCUGGUAUUUUGGCUUUAGAAGUAAUGACGGCCAAAGCAUACUCCAGAUACCACCGAAGUUUUGAAGAACAAUUGGAGAUGUUGAUGAAACAUCUGUUGCCGGUUCUUAUGCGUGGAUUAAGUCUUCCUGCGGUUAGCUGGAUCUAUCAAAAUAUCCAACAAAAACCUGUUGUUUUAAACCAAAUACUUUCGAAGAUAGAUGUUGCGGAAUUCCCGUCCGUUAUCCGUCAAAAUCCAAUAAGUUUGCGUACUCUGGUCCGUUAUCCCUCAAAAUCCGUUGACUUUAGGGUACUCCGGUCCGUUAUCCCUGAAAAUCCGUUGACUUUAAGGUACUCCGGUCCGUUAUCCGUUGUUAUGCGAUAA